UUGAUUGGAUUCGAGGAUUAAUAUACAUUGUAUAGAAACGUGUGUUUUAAAAAAAAUUACCCCCGUUGUUUGGGAGGAAAACCCCCAAGUUAGCAUCACUGAUUAAAAUCUGCAUAGCAGCAGCAGUGAACCAACAUUACGCAUUCAUUCAGAUUAAAAUCAGCUGACUCUUGUCACUUUAUCAAAACAAUUACAAAACAUGGACACAAAAUGCGAUGAACACCUAGCGGUAACAACCAUAUUUGAAGGAUACAGUGUAAGCGUGGGACAAAAUGAACGACUUGGAUUAUUUAUUUAAACCAAUAGUACUUGUGACUGGAUUUGGUCCAUUUAUUAACCAUCCUAUAAAUGCAAGUUGGGAAGCAGUCAAACUUUUAAAGAAGGAUGAAAUCGAAAAGAAGCAUAAAAUCGAGCUAGUUCAACUUGAACUACCUGUCACCUAUGAAAAUGUGGACGAGUUUGUUCCAGCUUUAUGGGAGACACAUGAGCCUAAGCUCACAAUCCAUGUUGGUGUAUCAAAAUUAGCUAAAGAUAUAACAUUAGAGAAACAAGCUCACCGUAAAGGCUACCAAAGACUAGACUACUUGGAUAAAUGUCCAGCAAAUAAUACAUGCAGUGCAGAUGGGGCUAUAAGAAUUCAGACUAAACUUAAUGUAGAGAAACUUUGUUCAGACUUUAAUGGAAACUCUCUAGAUGGCUCAAGAGCUGUAGUAUCAUUAGAUGCUGGAAGAUAUAUUUGCGAGUACAUUUAUUACACAUCUCUCAGCAUUGACAAUUCUCGCACAUUGUUUGUACAUGUUCCUGAUUUAUCCAUUUAUAGUCCUGAACAGACUGCACAUGCCCUUGAACAUAUUUUAGACCUAUGUUUAGAACAGGUUCAUAUAAAAAUGUCCAAUGCCAAAGGGGACAUAAAUGAAAGUGUAUAAUGUUUUCCUAUUAACCUAAUAACAGCAGUAUUAAAUUAAUUAUAAACUUAAUAUUAUUUUAAUGGGGAUGGUCUAUACAAUAUGUAACCAAAAAUAAUGUUCAUAUAAGUAGUUUGUAAAGAAUUAAGUAGCCGUUAGACAUUUUACUUUUUUUAUAAGAAUUGAUUUUCCUGUCCAUUUACAUUCCAACUAUUGUUGACAGAAGAAAAUACAAUGUUAAUGCAUGUUGUUUGUUCAUAAAUUAUUGUUAUGAAA